GAUAUUUCAUUACCAACCAGCCUAUCCACGCAAUGUUCACGCCAAGGACGUCGAGGGCUCGUUAAUGACGUUUGAGAACCACACCGAAUGUGAGUGCGUAUUGCCGAAUACACUACCGCAAAGGUAAGGAGCCACUUUUUACUGACGGAGUCUUGACACUAUAUUUGGACAGGACGAAGGGUCAACGCAAGGUCAGCAGACUUCGAUGACGUCAGGACAUUUCCUCGUCAGGAAUUUUGAAGCAUUGUAGGCUGAUCUUUUUAAGCUCGUUUAGUUACUUGACAAGGUUGAUCUGGUAUUUUGAUAGGUCAGUGACAUAGUAGAUCUUGCAUGUUGUUGGGUCAGUGACAUAGCAGAUCUUGCAUGUUGUUGGGUCAGUGACAUAGUAGAUCUUGCAUGUUGUUGGGUCUGUGACAUAGUUUCGGGGGUGCAUUGAUGAUGUCAAGUCAUGGAUGAAGCUCAGCAAGUUGAAGCUUAAUGAUGACAAAACAGAAGCACUCCUCAUUUACAAUCACAAAUCAUCCUCUACCUCAACUCUUCCUACAUCUUUUCAAGUAGGUAACUCUGACAUACAGUUUACACCCGCUGCUAGGAAUCUUGGUUAUAUUCUUUCUAAAAACAUGUCUCUCGAUAAACAUAUCUCUCACAUUUGUCGUUCGGCACACACCGCUAUCCGUCAGAUGAGCUCCAUACGCCACUACCUGACAGUUAGCGCAACAAAAUUCUAGUCUGUGCUCUUGUUCUCUCUCGUCUUGACUAUUGCAACUCUCUUCUGUCAGGUUCACCAAAACAUUGCAUAAAAAAACUGCAGAAAGUUCAAAACUCUGCUGCUAGGCUUGUUCUUAAGGCAAAAAACCGCGAUCACGUCACUCCACUACUCCACUCACUACAUUGGCUACCUAUACAGGCACGCAUUGACUACAAGCUGUCUGUUCUCUGUCACAACUUUUUCUCGGAUUCCUGCCCUUCCUAUCUAACCGAACUUCUUUCUGUCUAUUCACCCCUUCGACAACUUCGCUCCUCCGCAGACUCGCGUAUUCUGUCCGUUCCCAAGACACGCACUAAAUUGUAUGGUGAACGAUCUUUCUCUUUCUGCGCCCCCAAACAAUGGAAUUCUUUGCCACUACACAUCCGCAAUAUACCAACCACCCAGGCCUUCAUCUGCACUCAAAACACAUCUCUUUAAACUAUACUACCCUGACUGAUUCCCCUCCUCUCACCGAUAAACGAUCCUGCUGACUGCCGUCCAUGGUUUGCCAUGUAAAAUUUCUGGGAUGGGUGGGUGGGUGAAUAUAAAUUUGUUUUUGUCUUUUGACUAAUUGUUGUGUUUUAUUUCAUUUAUGUAUUUUAUUUUGAUAUCAUGAUUAGGUCUCUUUUGCUAAUUAUUGUUAUGUACAGCGCGGUGAGCCCAAGCCUAGGCUGGGGUACCGUGCUAUAUAAGACAACUAAUUAUUAUUAUUAUUAUUAUGUUGUUGGGUCAGUGACAUAGCUGAUCUUGUAUGUUGUUGGGUCAGUGACGUAGUAGAUCUUGUAUGUUUUUGGGUCAGUGACAUAAUUGAUUUUAUAUGUUGUUGGGUCAGUGACAUAGUAGAUCUUGUAUGUUGUUGGGUCUGUGACAUAGUAGAUCUUGUAUGUUGUUGGGUCAGUGACAUAGUAGAUCUUGUAAGUUGUUGGGUCAGUGACAUAGUAGAUCUUGUAUGUUGUUGGGUCAGUGACAUAGUUGAUCUUGUAUGUUGUUGGGUCAGUGACAUUGUAGAUCGUGUAUGCUGUUGGGUCAAUGACAUAAUUGAUCUGGUAUGUUGUUGGGUCAGUGACAUAAUUGAUCGUGUAUGUUGUUGGGUUAGUGACAUAGUAGAUCGUGUAUGAUGUUGGGUCAUUGACAUAGUAAAUCUUGUAUGUUGUUGGGUCAGUGACAUAGUAGAUCUUGUAUGUUGUUGGGUCAGUGACAUUAGUAGAUCUUGUAUGUUGUUGGGUCAGUGACAUAGUAGAUCUUGCAUGUUGUUGGGUCAGUGACAUAGUUGAUCUUGUAUGUUGGGUCAUUGACAUUGUUGAUCUUUUAUUUACCGUCUGUGACGUAUUGAUCUUGUAUGUUAUUUGUGGCAGUGACAUAGUUGAUAUUGUAUGUAGGGUCAGGGACAUAACUGAUCUUGUGUGGUCGGGUUAAUUUACCUAAAAUUGACAAUAAUGAUUCACAAACUGUCACACUCUCUUAUACUCAUUGACCCCCCCCCCCAACCCUACCCGGAGCGUGACGUACAUCUUUAUGGACGGUGCGUUUAUUAGUUUUAAAAUUUAUAUAAAUUUAGGUUCCAAAAUUUUCUGCAUUGCAUGAGGCACAACAUUAAACGCUCGGGGUAAGAUUCAAGUGAUUUGCACUGAAUGUAACAAAAUUACUCUAAGCAGUCUGGGAAACAACAGCCAAUCAUUCAUUCAAUCAACCUUUGAAAACAUUGUUUUAAUUUAACCGGAAACAUUUACAAACAUUGUGACUUUAAAUGCAAAGUUCUUAAUAAUUUUCAGCGCGUUUUUUCUUAAUUCUUAUGGAGAAGGGUGUCUGUUUAAGCCCAGCUGGGAAGUUAAAAACGAACUGCAAAAAAAAAUAAUUAAAUAUGCAUUCCACUUGUUUAUAUCGAACUUGUUAUGUCGAAUCCAACCGAGACAAGUAACACGUGAAAUGUUUGUGAUGCACCAUUAAUGCAGUGGCGUAGGAAGGGGGUACGAAGGGAGGUGACCGCCAGCAAGUGGCCCAUUUUUCUGUGUACAUAGGGGCGGCAUCUUUGACCAACUGUAUUUUAUUUUUUUUUUCGCGGGAGCGCGUAGCAAAAACCUUAGCCCACUCCGGGCCACACGAACCCCCCUAGCUGCGCCACUGCUGAUGCGUCGCUCGCUGUGGUCCUUGCACACAUGUUUCAGUUCUUUCAAUUAAUAGUGUCCUGCUUUACUCUUGACGUCAACCCCCCCCCCCACCAGCUGUCACAAAAGAUGCCCCGCCCCUUUCAUCCUCAACGUGGAGCUGUCGCAGUGCACCUGUAUAUGUCCACAGACUUACCAUGACCAGCUGCUGGAGUGCACCCUCAUCCUACAAGGGGUCAAACAGCUAGACGAGAAAGGACUUGAGUAAGUUCAUUUAAUUACCCCCCCCCCUUUUUUUUUGACAUAGGUUAACAUUGGGGCGGGAUCAGAGGCAGUUUAUCUUUAGCCAAGUCAGCUGUCAGUUGGACAAUCUAGGCCCAUAAGGUGUCGCUUCACAGUGGUUCACAGAGGACUACAUAAGAUAUAUAUAAUAUAUUUAUAUAUAUAUACAUAUAUAUAUAUAUAUAUAUAUAUAUAUAUAUAUAUAUAUAUAUAUAAAUAAGAGAACAUAUGUUAUCGGUAUANCAAUUCUUAACGUUAAAAAUGUAAUGAUAUUUACGUUUCUAACAUCAUUGAGUUUUGAGAAGUGUUUAUCUGCUACACAGUAUACGCCUUUCCUACUCCCUUUCACGCUCCUUAACUACUUUUUCCUCUCUAAACAUGACCCUAAAUUACCCAAUCUAAAUUACCACUAAUUGUAUCACUUUUGUCACUAAAGACUUUAAUUGAGGGGCAACUACUACGCUAGAGAAAUACUUUAGGUUUAUCCAUUUUCGUGCCCUUGAAUUACAACUUUUUUUUCCUCUAAAAAUUCUUAAAACACCUAAUCUUAAAUUUAAAAUAAAAUCUCUAUAUGUGAUAUAAUAUCUAUUUUAUAUUACAGGAAUUCGAUAUAUAUUGACAUCUUCAUCAAAGAUUUACACACAUUCUUGCCUGCUUUAAAAAAUUUAUACGUUAUCAGAAAACCGUAAAUCAAAAAAAUUCUUUUAUGUAAAGAAGAAUAUCGCAACGGUUUUUCACGCCUCAAACAGACUUACGUCUAAAACAGACUUUCGUCUAAAACAGACUUACGUCUAAAACAGACCUGUGUGUCUUUUUUUUUUUUUUAAAGUGUUUAAAAUGAUUGGAUUUCGAUAUUCAUGGGCAUACAUGUACCCACGUUUUGUUAACGCCAUUGAUUUUCUUAAUUGUUAAACAAUAUGUUAAUUUGUAAAAAGAGAAUGUAACAUCUCUUUUAUCACAAAGUUAAUACCAUAGGAUUUAAGUGUAUUGUCAUCCACGUAAAAACUUACACAUCCUAUUUACUACCUUCGAUAUAAAUGUACCCAAGGAGGUUAAUUAUUCAUCAAAUUCAUUCAUUUAUUUUGAGACUUAUCUUGUUCUGCCUGGGGCAAAAUCACCACACCCCUCAAGAUUUUUAAAAUUAAAAUUAAUACAAUCUUCCACCGGAUUGUAAUCCCUUCCAUACCCAAACUAACAUAUUUUGCACUUCACAUGGUUGUUCUAAUUUGGAUGAGUUAUAAGUGGAUUAGUGAAUGCUAUUUGGCUAGUGAGUUUCCCUGCACUGAUUGUCUUAAAGGGCAUUUUCUUAUUAGAAUUAUAUUUGAAGGCUAGUUUUUAUUACGUCAUAACUUUAAUAAAAGUAUAUUUUUAUAAUUAAAAAAGGCAAAACUUUUUAAAUGUAAAAAUAUACAAAGCUAAAAUGUGUGUGUUUUUUUAUAACGAUUUAAAACGCAAUCAAUUGUAUUUAUUAAUUUUACUUUUUUAAAGGGAAAAUACAUUGUCAGUUUUGUCACGCGCUGUUAUUAAAUUUAAAGAAACCUAAGAGUUUUGGCGAAAUAGGCUAUUCGCGCUUUGACUUCAUUGUGUGAUUAUUUAGAACAAAUUGGUUUUAAUUUUAUUUCGCAAUAUUAACAACGCAUUAAAGGACGCACUAAAAGUGACUGAUGGUUGGGUUUUCCCGAUAAUGACUUUACGGUGUAAUUCUUUGAUCAUUAUUUUAUAAUUUUUAUUUUUUUUUCCAUAUUUUUCAAACACAUAUAAAAUGCGUCAGAUAUUUCCUUAGUUGAUUUUUUAAAUGCAUUUGUAAUUUAUAAUAAUAAUACUUAAAAUUUUACUAAAAUGAAAGCGGAUUUAAAAUAUUUUUUUCACAUUUAAAGAUAUUCGAUUUCCGUAAAAUAAUAGAAAACAAUAACUAUGAUUGUUUUUUAGGAAUCCGAAUGUACUUAAAUCUUAUCGGUUCUUUGGAGUUACGUCAGUAUUGCUCAUUUAUAUAUAUAUAUAUAUAUAUAUAUAUAUAUAUAUAUAUUAUAUUUAUUUAUUUAUUUAUAUAUAGGGCCUUAACCUUGCUAACUAUAUCUUAGAUGGGGGAAGAGACAGUGACCCCAUUACGGAAUAGCGUCAGAAUAUCUUACACGCUUAGUAAUCGGGGGAGCUGGACGCUAGCAACACAUGUUUGUCACAUGACACAAAUAAAGAGUACAUAACUAUUGUAAUAGAUAGGGGUCACAGGUGUAAUCAUAGGUAGAGGGUCAUCGAUGUAGUCAUAAAUAGGGAUCACAGACGUAGUCGUAGAUAAGGGUCACAGAUGUAGUCAAAGAUAGGGGCCAUCGAUGUGGUCAUAUACAGGGGUCAAAAGUAUGAUUAUAUAUAGGGGUCAUCGGUGUAGUUAUAGAUAGGGGUCAUAUAUAGGGGUCAUAGAUAGGGGUCAUAGAUAGGGGUCAUAGAUAGGGGUCAUAGAUAGGGUUCAUAGAUAGGGGUCAUAGAUAUGGGUCAUCGAUGUAGUCAUAGAUAGAGGUAAUAGAUAGGGGUCAUAUCAGUGGUCAUCGAUGUGGUCAUAGCGGUGGUCAUAUAUAGGGGUUGGCGAUGUGGUCAUAGAAAGCGGUCAUAUAUGCGGUCAUAGAUAGAGGUUAUCGAUGUGGUCAUCGAUAGGGGUCAUAGAUGUGAUCUGCGUGUGUGUUAUCAGACUGCUACAUACCAGAGUGACUGGAGGUAUGUUCACAUACAAUAUUACGUUGUAUACCAUUGUGGUAGCGGCUCUGGCAAACAAACCGUUUAUCUGUCAUACCAAGAGACCAGAAGUUGACGUGUCAUCUGUAAAAUUAGACCUAAGUAAGAAAUCAGUUUUCCGCACAGCGGGGACUGGUCACUGUGUGUUUGUUGACAUUUUGCAUAGUUCAUCUCAAACUUGCUCUGCUCAGUUUCCAGUAGGACACCAAAGACUUGUGCUAUUAUAUCUGGCCUUCAUCCUCCUAGCCAAAGACUUGUACUAUUAUAUCUGGCCUUCAUCUUCCUAGCCAGAGACUUGUGCUAUUAUAUCUGGCCUUCAUCCCCCUAGCCAAAGACUUGUGCUAUUAUAUCUGGCCUUCAUCCUCCAAGCCAAAGACUUGUGCUAUUAUAUCUGGCCUUCAUCCUCCUAGCCAAAGACUUGUGCUAUUAUAUCUGGCCUUCAUCGUCCUAGCCAAAGACGUGUGCUAUUAUAUCUGGCCUUCAUCCUCCUAGCCAACUCCUACUCUCCUGAACACAACCCUGGACCGAAAGUUUCUACGGGUGCUGGCUAUUCUCCAUCGCAUAUCCGCUCAUGUUCCCAGUCAUUACGGACCCGCGGUACUUGUGACCUUGCAGUGCAGUGGGAAGACAGAGGCGUUGCAUGUGAUCAAUGUGGGCAAUGGUUCCAUGGUCAAUGCCAAAGCAUCAACACAGACUAUGACAAACAGCAUGGGGAAAAUUCUGGCAUGCCUUGUUACUGUACAGUCUGCGGAUGCCUGAAUAGCCAGAUCGUAUUUGACCUUCACAGUUCAAGGUCAGAAUCUACACUCCCAGAUUUCUCCCUAAAUCCCCCAUGCUCCACACCAACGGACCUUAAGAGUUUUCAGCCACCACACUGCUCUACUCUUAUGCGCUGCAGUCAGCCAGACAAAUGGAAACACAGACCAUUGAGCAUAUUGAAUGUGAACUUUCAGUCUGCAAGCGGAAAGAGAGUUGAGAUAGCCAACUUGAUUAACAGCUUAAAACCUGACAUUAUCUUGGGCACAGAAACAUAGCUGAAUCCCUCCAUAGCCAACGCAGAGUUUGUACUGGAUAAUUACAAACUAUUCCGGCGAGACAGAAAAGACAGAGGAGGAGGAGUGCUUGUUGCUGCCCAUGACAGCCUGGACUGUUGAUGUUGAUGAAUGCGACCUCCAGUGGGUGAAGGUGAAGCUGAAAGGUAAACGCAAACUUUACGUGUGUGCAUAUUACAGACCUAACACAGCAGAUGAACAAAGCAUGGGGAGGCUUUAUGUGUCAAUUCAGAGAACGAUGCAGUCGAAGAACGUUUCUCUCCUUAUAGGGGGAGAUAUCAGCUUUCCUGUUUGGAACAGGCAGUAUCCUGCCUUGAAGCCCAAGUCCCCAUACCCGGUCCUACACUCUGAAUUCAUGGAGAUAAUUAACAACCAUGGUCUGGAACAGACGGUUAAAGAACCCACGCGAGGGGAAAACACUCUCGACCUACUCCUCACUAACAGUCCACAUCUCAUCCCAAGAGUAGAAGUCAUCCCCGGAAUAUCAGACCACUGCAUACCGUACUGCGAAUUUCAAGUCAGCGUGCUAAAAAAGAAACAGGCUGUGCGAGAAAUCCCCAUUUAUUCAAAGGCAGACUGGGAUAGCCGGAGAAGUGCAGCGACUGAGCUGAGUUCAAACAUGCAUGAGAUUCAGGGUAAUGCGACAACAGAAGAGCUGUGGAUGAAAUUCAAGACAACAAUCACUGAUGCAGUGAAGAAAUCCAUACCACACAAGACCUCAAAACCUAAGACAAAUCAACCAUGGGUUACGGCUGAAAUUCGAAGGCUCAUACACAGGAGAGACCGUCAGUACAAACGAAUGAAGAAGAAUGGCUCGGUCGGACUAAAAGCUGAAGUACGGAGGCUCCGAAGAACCAUCCAACGCUUACUGCGCAGAUCUUACUGGAACUACCUGAGCGGCAUCUUCUCAGAGAACAAGCGGUUCUGGGGCUAGGUCAAGCAUCAAAGGUCAACAAACACCGGGGUUUCCCCCCCUGAGAUGGGAAGGCAAGUUGACGUCUGAACCCAAAGAAAAGGCGAACAUACUCAAUCAACAGUUCCAUUCAGUCUUGGGGAUUGUAGAGUACUCAGAAGUUGAGUUCCUUCUGAAGACCAACAUAAUGAGCACAGCCUACCCCACCAUGGAAGAUAUCCAGAUUUCAGAGAAGGGUGUGCUGGAGCUCCUUAAAACCAUUACCCCUACAAGGCAUGUUGUCCUGACAACAUCAACCCAUGAGUGCUAAAAGAAUUGGCCAAUGAAAUCGCUCCUGCUCUAACAAUCCUUUUCCGAUCGUCACUAUUCACAGUCAACGUUCCAACUAACUGGAGAACAGCGCAUGUCACUCCAAUCUACAAAAAAAUGGGAGCAUUACCAUCCUUCCAACUAAUGCCCUGUAUCCCUCACUAACGUAGUAUGUAAACUAUUGGAGCACAUAAUCGUAAGCGCGGUCAUGAAUCAUCUUGAAAGACACAAUAUAUUCAAUGACUGUCAGCAUGGCUUUCGAGUCAACAGAUCAUGCGAGGCCCAACUCCUUGAAUUUGCUGAAGAAUUGACGACGAACUUUGAGAACAGCAAGCAGACUGAUGUGUUUGUGAUGGACUUUUAAAAAGCGUUUGACCGUGUCAACCAUAGCUUGCUAUUACACAAACUGCAGAGAUAUGGGAUCCAAGGCACUACAAAAACAUAAAUCUCUAGAUUCCUCAGCGCCCUAUGCAAGGCAGUAGUGGUAGAGGGCAAAACCCCCUCCUUUCGUCGUUGUUAAGUCAGGGGUCCCCCAGGGCUCAGAGCUAGGCCAUUGUUUGUUCCUAGCAUAUAUCAAUGAUCUGCCCAAGAUGCUGACCUCUCAAGCAAGACUUCUCAGGCUACACGGCGGUAUAUAGGACAAUCGUCAACAGUUCUGAUCAGAGCCAGCUCCAACAAGAUCUCAAUCGGUUAGCUGAGUGGGAGAUGAACUGAGACAUGGAAUUUCAUCCCGUCAAGUGCAGGACCUUGUCAGACUGCAGAAGCAGAUCCCCUCUAAACCACUCUUACGUAUUGCAUGGCCACAUUCUUGAACCAGUUUCCUCCGUUAAGUACCUGGCUGUUACCAUUCAAAGAGAGGUCCGCUGGGACAAGCACAUUAACAGUGUGUGCAAACGGGCAAACAAGACCUUGGGAUUCCUAAGGCGCAAUCUGAAGAUCGGCAACUCCAGCGUGAAAGAAAAAGCCUAUAAAGCCUUUGUCCGUCCUCUUUUAGAGUACGCUUCUACAGUCUGGAACCCAUUUAGCCAGAAAAGCAUCGACGGGUUGGAGGCGGUCCAGCGAUGGGCAGCACGCUUUGUCCUGAACCGCUACAGAAACACCUUAAUUGUUGAAAGCAUUGUGGCUGGUCUACAUUGGAAGAACGACGAUGACUAUCCAGGCUCACCAUAUUGUAAAAAAUGGGCUGGUCCACUGCUCCGGCAUCAAACAGAAACUCGUUCAUCUUUCCCCUAGACAACGACGACGCCACGACAGACAGUUCCAGCUGUUAAAAACAAGAACAAAGUACAGGAGCUUCUCAUUUCCACCAAAGACAAUAGUGGACUGGAACAAGCUUCCAAAGGAAACAGUUGAGGCGGCUACACUCAACACAUUAGUGUCUAUUACCUCCUGUAUUCCGACCCCCAGUUCGUAACACCACUGCUGAGUCGCCCUUGCAACCAUUGAAGUAUCCCCCUUGAAACCCAUGCACAGUAACAUCGCGAACCCCUCUGAAACAUAAGAGCCAGAAUGCUCAAUUCAUUGAUCGUGGGCCCUCAACAUAAAGAAGAAGAUAUGAUCAUAGAUUGGGGUCAUAGAUAGGGGUCAUAGAUAAGGGUCAUAGAUAGGGGUAAUAGAUGUGAUCAUAGAUGUGGUCAUAGAUUAGGGUCAUAUAUAGGGUCAUAUAUUGGGUUCAUAGAUUGGGGUCAUAGAUAGGGGUCUUAAAUGUGAUCAUAGAUGUAGUCAUUGAUAGGGGUCAUAGAUAGGGUCAUAGAUUGGGGUCAUAGAUAGGGGUCAUAAAUGUGAUCAAAGAUGUAGUCAUAGAUGUUGGUCAUAGAUAGGGUCAUAUAUUGGGAUCAUAGAUAGGGGUCAUAAAUGUGAUCACAGAUGUGGUCAUAGAUAGGGUCAUAGAUUGGGGUUAUAGAUAGGGGUCAUAAAUGUGAUCAUAUAUGUCAUCAUAUAUUAUGUGAUCAUAGAUGUAGUCAUAGGUAGCGGUCAUUAACGUGAUCAUAAAUGUUGUCAUAGGAGUAUGGAUGGGUUCAUCGAUGUGGCCAUAGAUAAGGGGUCAUCGAUAGUGGCCAACAAUGUGUUCCCAUUUCUUGAAUUUUUAAACAAACCUAAAGAGUUAAUGCCUCGUCGUUGACUUUCUUCUCCUUAGAUGUAAGAGUCAAAGAGUGAAUAAAUAUGCAGUGCACUACCUUCUUCUCUUUAGAUGUAACGAGUCUGUGAAAGAGUGAUUAACAAAAUCUUGUACCUUUUUCUUCCCUAUAGAUGCAUCAAAGCAGCCAAAUGCUACUAUCCCAAAUGCGAGAGAGGCUCCUUCGACGUCGCCACCGGCUUAUGCCCCUUGGCUCCCGAGUGGGCCCUACCGAGUUACAUGUUCCAGAACCCGGUAAAUCACGCCGACUACAGAAGUCAUAUUCCAGGCUUCGGCACGAGAACGACCGGGCCAAAAGUUACCCACCCUUUCAAGGUGUUGUCCACCACGAAGUCACCCAGGAGAGUACAAAACGAAAAGGACGAGGCGAGGAAGCAAGCGAGACUCAAGCCGCACAUGAGCUCGGUGUUCCACGAGGGGCACCGACAUCAGCCGCUUCGCACACCGAAACCGACACCGAAACCAAAACUGGAUGUCGGGUCUAAAGUAAACUCAACAGUUGAAAUAGCCAAAGCAUACGCCAAGAUACCCAAUCCUGGUAUGAGUGGCAGCUAUCACGAAAAUUAUCGUCCCUAUCGGCCUAUUCCAACUACGACGGAAAAGGUGAAAAAAAGUGAGAACUCGUCGUUCGACAGUUCUAAUCAGAAUGUGACGCAACGGACAGACUAUAUUUUCGCAAAACUUUCCAACACCACCGAUUCGAAUCCGAAGAGCGCUAAAAAUAACAAAAGUAGACUGGGAAUUCCCGAAGGCGAUCUUCCUGUUAAUAACAAAAGUGGAUUGGGAAUACCCGUAGACGAUUUUCCUGUUAAUAACAAAAGUGGAUUGGGAAUUCCCGUAGACGAGAUUCCUGUUAAUAACAAAAGUGGAUUGGUAAUACCCGUAGACGAUUUUCCUGUUAAUAACAAAAGUGGAUUGGGAAUACCCGUAGACGAUUUUCCUGUUAACAACAAAAGUGGAUUGGGAAUUCCCGUAGACGAUGUUCCUGUUAAUAACAAAAGUGAAUUGGGAAUACCCGUAGACGAUGUUCCUGUUAAUAACAAAAGUGGAUUGGGAAUACCCGUAGACGAU